AUGAAUCCUAUUGCCCUCAUUAUACAACCGUCUGCUUUACGACCUCAGGUCUUUGUGGGGGUAGCGACUGGUUUAUGCACACUCACUGCCAGCAUCAUUGCACUGCGACUUUGGACUAAUUAUAACCACCUUCGAAAGUUUCAAAUUGAUGAUUAUUUAAUCGUCCUCGCGCUUCUGUUUCUGAUCUGGAAUGUGAUCACGUUCUCAUUGCUUAUGUAUGUCUUGAAUUCGAAUCCCGACGAUGUAACGAUCACACACUUGACAAGGCUUGUCGCGAUCGGAAUUGCCUCAGGCAACUGUGCAAUUUACAGCGCGAAGUUGCCUUUACUUUUCAUGCUGAAGCGCACUUUCGGAAUCAAGAAAUGGUUGCGCUGGUCGUGCCUCACUCUAAUUAUAUUUGGAACCCUGGGUGGUGUGAUCACGUUGUUAUAUGCCGGCAUAUCAUGCAGCCCCGAUCUUCACAAGCCGACGACACCAUUCUUAUUCUCAUGUGUAGCCGCACUCACAGACGCAACCAUUGCCCGUGGCUCUAUUUCACUCGCGGUUGAUGUUGUCACAUUUGUCCUUCCGAUUCCCAUCAUUGUCAAUCUGAAAAUGCCGCUUCGUCGAAAGAUUGGAUUGGGCUUUGCCUUUGCUACAGGUCUUCUUGCGAUCGCAUCAAGCGCGCUGGGCCUGUACUUCCAAACUGCGCAGUCCACCGAGUCAUCUACCAACUUUGCUAAUGCUUUGCUCUUCACUGUGAUUGAGAGCGCCGUUGUUGUAAUGGUUAGCUGCACACCUGCGGUUCAUUUAUUCUGGACCAAGCAUGCAGGCCCUCUGCGCAGCCGUCUUGGAUUACUAGCGUCAUCACACAAAUCAAGGCUUUCGGAGUCACAAUCUCACUUGGAAGAAACGGCCACUGCAAAUUCAGGCCGAAUUCGUGUCCUUACACACCAAUACGUUGAGUUAGGGGACCGCGCGGAUAUGGGAAGGCCACAGUACGAGGCUAAAGCGUUAGGUGCAGCGGAAUAUGUUUAA